AUGGGAGUUCCUGGUUUGUGGGAUAUCCUUCGCCCAGCCGGAGAAACGCGAUCGUUGACCCAUCUGGCCGUCACGGAUGGCUUUGAGGCCAACCCAGAAGGCCACCGCGGAUUCCGUGUCGGAAUAGAUGCGAGCAUCUGGUUUUUUCAUGCUGCAUACGGCAAAGAGGGCGAGAAUCCGGAACUCCGAACCCUGUUCUUCAAGUGCACGCGUCUUAUGAGCGCGCCUUUCCUGCCCGUCUUUGUCUUCGACGGGCCAAAGCGCCCCGAGAUUAAGCGCGGAAAACAUAUUAGCGGAAAUAACCAUUGGCUCAUUCAGGGAAUGCAGGAGAUCAUUAACGCCUUCGGUUUCGAGUGGAGAAUCGCCCCUGGCGAAGCUGAAGCUGAGCUGGCGUACAUGAACCGCGUCGGCGUCAUUGAUGCCGUGAUGACGGACGACGUUGAUACCUUUGUCUUCGGCGCAGCGAUGGUUGUGCGCAACUCCAGCAUCACUCUAUCCGGGAACAGGGGCCACUCCCUCAAGAACGCGGCAGGGAAGGACGAUGGAAACCACGCGGCAACGUACAAGCUGGCAGACAUCACGCGGCACCCGGACAUCCAGCUGACGCAGGGCGGGCUGAUCCUCAUCGCGAUCCUGCGCGGGGGCGACUAUCACCCUGCAGGCCUCGCGGGAUGCGGCCCCGCAAUCGCGCAUGGGCUUGCGCGUUGCGGGUUUGGCGACAGUUUGCUGAACGCGGCGCGCACGCUCUCAGAUGAGCACCUGCCCGGCUUCCUGGUCGCGUGGCGUGCGGAGGUGCGCGAGGAAUUGCGCACUAAUGCACGCGGCCUCCUCCAGCGCAAGAACCCCACGCUAGCGAAGGCGCUGACGGAUGACUUCCCGAACAUGGAGGUACUCCUGUCGUACACAGACCCUAUCACGUCCGAACCAAAGGGGCGCACGGCACGCAACGUCAACAUGGACUGGCAGAAGGAGCCCGACCUUGGCAAGAUUGCGGGUCUGUGCGAGAUGUACUUCGAGUGGGGAGUGAAGGAGAUCAUUAUCAAGCGCUUCAGGACCGUCCUCUGGCCGUCGGCCGUUCUGCGCAUCUUGCGGCGUUCGGUGCUUAUUGCUGAUAAGCGGAAAAACAGAUUGGUUGAGCGGGAUCCCGGAAACAUGCCGGUGACACCCAGGAAGAAGGGCAAACAAGGGAGGCCGACUCCGCCAGGCACGCCCUCUACGAUGAUCGCAAAGCACUUCUCGUCGUUGCAGCUCGGCUCACCGUCUCGCAGUCAGGGAGUAGAGUCGGAUGACGAGGAGCCAGCAGACAAUCUCGUCGUAAAAAUCCACUCUUCGAGGCAGCACGCUUCCACGGACGGCAUCCUCGAGUACCGCCUCGAAAUCGCGCCCCAACAGCUCGUCCACCUAUGCGAAGAGGGCGUGAAGGGCCUUCGGACCGCUCUUGCCACCGGGCUCGAGGAAUCAGACGAGGAAGGAGGUGAGGACGAUGAAGACGGCGGGAACAACCGGAAGACCAAGGCGAAGAAGCCCCCUCCCGAUCCAUUGAGCCAUCUGCGCAUCUGGCUGCCCGCGUGCAUGGUGCGCAUGGUGCACCCAGACCUCGUUGAUGAAUUUGAGGGUGUGCGGGAUAGGCGACAAGCAAAGAAGGCCGGUAAAAGUGCGGCUGGUACCAGCGGCGCAGCAGCUUCUAGAGCGAAGAAGGUUGUCACGAAAGCUGCUACAGUUGCGGAAGAGGAAGAGGAAUAUAGCGAUUCAGGUCCAAGCCCUGGGGGGACCCAGAAGAAGUCCGCUGCUGCACGGACCGUAAAGAAGGUCCCUGCAGUGCACUCAGGUGCGGUCGCCGAGAAACCUCGGGAGAAGUCGAAAGCUGCCCAAGCCAAUCGUCCUCAGAGGCUGGACGACUUCUUUGCGGCAAGUAAAAGCACCGCUAUUGCGAAGGCAAAGGCACUCGCAAAACCAAGGGUGACGUCCAGCACAGCGAAGAUUUCAGCACUGUUUGGUGAUUCUCAGGCCAGCAGCUCUCGCCUUCGGGAAGAAAAGCGUUCCAAGGUCAUCGAAUUGAGUGAUUCCUCAGACGACGAUCCGGUAUUUCCCACACGUUUGUCGUCGCUCACUCAGUCUUCCUGGACAAGUUCAUCUGCAUCCAGUUCAAGCUUGUUAGCUACCAGCAGCAAAGCAAUAAGUGCCCUCUCAGAGCUCGAUUCGGAUGAACCUGUAAAGCUCCCCUCUCGCUCACAGCCUCGGCCGUUUCCUCUGUCGUUCGGUAUGGAUGACGACUCUGCCUCCACGCACGAGAAUAAACGUGACAAGCCAAUAAAUAUUGGGCGUCCGGCCCUUCCGUCAGAGCGAACACGACAAAGGCCGCCAACUUCGCCCGAGUCUGAGACCUUCGACGCGCAGUUGCGCAAGUCACCUCGCAAGUCGCCGAAGCACUCCUCGCCUCAUUCAUCCCAGACCAAAGAUUCCGAUGAUGACGAAGGCUACGGCUCACCAACGCCUCAGAGGCCCCGAGCGACUGCCUCGUCAAGCAAACCUCUUCUGGUAUCGCCAGUACGCAAGCAUGGCUCUUCGAAGCCCGUGGAUAGGUCCAUAAUUGAGAUCCUGAGCGAUUCUGACUCAGAGUCGCCUCCUUCCAAAUUGGCACCCCUGUUGCUUGCGAAGGCGAGAGCCAACAGGUCCGCCGGAACGCGAACAGCAUCUGCGAACUCUAUGACAGCCAAGGAUGGCACUAAUGCCACUGCGAAAGCUGCCGCGCCCAAGCCUCGAACUGGCACGUAUGGUCCUGAAGAUAUCAUCGAUUUAACAUGUCCUUAA